ACUACUUCCGGUUACUCUUUCAUAUUAUAUAAAACUGUUCCAGAGUAAUUUUAUGAAAAAAUUUAUCAAUGUCGUUUAACGACGAAGCUGUUCAAUUCACGAAUGAUGACGCAUCUUGCUCAAAAAGCUUUGCAAUACAGAGAGGUUAUUGGAAUGAUCCGUAUAUAUUGUACUUUUAUAAACAAACUGAGCGAAAAUCUCCCGAAAUCAGUAUUGGUUACUAUGCAAGAGUUCAUUCUAUCCGGUAUUUAUUGAAAGAAUUUAUUAAAAGUGUAAAUAGAAAUUGUCAAAUUGUUAGCCUAGGAGCUGGCUAUGAUACAACUUAUUGGAAUCUUAAAGAUGAGAAUCUAUCACCUAGAUCAUAUAUAGAAGUUGAUUUUCCAAAUGUUACAAUGAAGAAAUGUCGUGCAAUCAAAGAACAGUGUGACUUAUUGGGUAAAUUGCAAUCAGAAGAUGAUGAUAUUCAACUAAGUAAGACAGAAAUACACGCGUUCGAUUAUCAUUUAAUAGCAGUCGAUUUGAGGGAAAUUAAACAGUUAGAACAAAAGUUGAAAGCUUGCUUUAUAGACAAGAACUUGCCUACUUUGUUUAUAUCUGAAUGUGUACUAGUUUAUAUGGAUGUUGAUUGUUCUGAAAAUUUGUUAAAGUGGAUAGCUAAAGAAUUUGAUAAGCCAGCAUUUAUCAAUUAUGAACAAGUAAAUAUGAAUGAUAGAUUUGGAGAACUUAUGAUUACAAAUUUGAGACAAAGAGGAACCGAAUUACAGGGAGUUCGAGCAUGUCAAAAUUUACAAACUCAAGUUGAUAGAUUUGAGCAAAACGGAUGGAAUCAUGUAGAGUGUAUGAAGAUGAUUGAUGUUUAUAGAAACCUACCGCAAGUGGACACGCAGAGAUUGGAGAAACUUGAGCGUUUCGAUGAAAAAGGACUUUUGGACCAAUUAUUAGAACACUAUUGUUUGACCUGGGUCAGUAAAGGAUCACAAGCUUUCGACGUAUCAGAAAUUUCUAUCAGGAAUAUGUAAAAGAUAUUUAAUGAACUGAUAAAAUUGUAUAUUAGACUGAGUAUGGGGUCUUCUUUCUUAUACAGUAUUUAAUUGCAAACUAUAAAUUAUAUCUAUAUUUAUUUAAAAAAUAAUUUCUUUUUCUGUACUUUAUGUUGUUUCUCGUUUU